CUUAAUCCCAUGUUCACUCUGAAGUAAACAUAUCUGUAACAAAUGAGCUCUUCUGGUGAGAAAAUCCAACUGACAACUGCUAUGGCAGAAGUGGAACCUAAUGCUAUUGGCAGACCUGACCCAACCUCCGAGAAUAUUCAGACUAGUGAUCAUAUCAAUGGCUCUCUGACCCAAUCGGAGGCUGAAAGACUGCAACGCGAAGCAAACGAAGACACCACUCGGAGUGAAGACUUACGCUUGUUCCUCAAGGAAAUGCACGAAAAACUCAAAGAAGAGCAGCAGCAGCAACAACAACAACAACCGUCGACGCAGCCAGCCACGGUGAUUCCACCCGUAUUUGCCCAGCCAACCAAUGUUUCCGAAUCUGAAUACUCCCUUACCGGCCACCCGCCUUCAGUCGGUGUCCCCGCACGUGACUUCGAGGGAGAUUUGCAACCAGCAGUUCGCCGUUCUUCAGGUCCAAUAGCAACCAAAUUGGGAAACCCUCCGAAUAGGACCGGCUCGGUGACAGACUUAACGAAUCCUGAUACCGCACCGGAUGGGGGAUGGGGUUGGGUGGUUGUCCUUGGCUCGUUCUGCUGUAUGAUACUUGUGGACGGAGUAUCCCUAUCCUAUGGUCUUCUACUCACUCCGCAGUGUGGUUACUCCUCUCUGCAUGUGCUUAGUCCCUCCAGCAGUUUGGGCAACCGGUCUCUGGCACAUCUGAGGACGGGAGUGGUCACCAGGGACCGGCCACUUCGGCCAACAUUUGGCAGUUGCGCUCCUAUUUCCGAACUGGGCGAGGCGGUUGGCACACAAAGUCGUGCUAUACUUUUCACCCCCGGAGCUCUCCUUCUAGGUCUCUACUUGAUCCUGGGCCCGCUUGUCAGCGCUUUGACCAAUCAGUUCGAUUUUCGACCUGUUGCAAUGGCCGGUGCGGUGUUGUCAACAGUUGCUUUUCUCAUCAGUGCAUUUGCCAACAGCAUCGACUUGCUGAUUGGUGGAUUCGGUAUUCUCGGUGGCAUUGGCUUUGCCUUGAUAUAUUUACCUGCUAUUGCUACAGUCGGUCACUGGUUUCAACAGUCUCGGCCGUUGGCUGUUGGACUGGCACUUUGCGGCAGUGGUGUUGGGUGUCUUCUGGGGGCACAGGCCGUUCCCCGCCUUGUUGAUUGGCUGACAUGGCGAGGUGCGUUGAUUGUGAUGGCAGCGACUAGUUUCCAGGCCCUGUCAUUGAUUGUCCUCUUCAGGCCACUGGAAGUUCAUUUUCGCAUCUGCCAAGCUCAGCGUCUCAAGCGCGCAGCCCGGGAGGCAGCCAGGCGGGAUGCCGCAAUGCGACGCGCGGAGGCAGAGCUUCGACUCAUGGAAGCUCGUCAGCGCAAAAGACUCUCCGCAGCGAAAGUAGCCGCUGCUCAGGCUAUGGAAUACCAGCAGAAGAUUCAACAGCAGCAACAACAGUACAGGCAAAUCUCUGGAGCAAAACCAAGCUAUCCAUCGACAGUCAUGCCACAACUGGAUGCUCGUACGGGGGCUAUGUUGCAAACGCAUGGCAUGUUGCGUGGUACGGCCAAUCGACCCCGGAUGGGUACUAUGGUAACACGGACAGGGCGUGGUGGUAGGAUGUUUACCGUUACUACCGCUGCCAACCAACAGGGUUCAGUAGUGGUUGGGGUGAAUCCGACACGUCCAACAACAGGAGCACCCCCUAGAGGUGGCACAGGGUGGCUCCGUAGUAGAAAUCAAUCUGGUCGCAAUCACGCCGCAAAACGAGCACCAAGUCGGCGGGUGGUCGUUUAUCGUUCGCCUCCCCUUUGUAUUCUCAUGCGUAACAGCGGAUCAAUUAUGCAACGCAUUAUUGAGGAGAAACGUCGGCAACGAACCACCUCCGUAGGCAGUUUGGAUGGUAUGGUAAUCACUCGGGAUAAUGAACUCAUUGCAGCCCCAUUGGCACCCGGCUACGACCGACCUCUACUCAGCGCUUCUGUCAUCAAUCGAAUAUCUGAAUCCGUUGCUCGUAAGAUUGAACUGAAGAUGCAGCAACAACAAACCGGCGUCGUCGGUGAUAUCACUGGAGGUAGUCGUGUCGGUUUAUCUCGCAGUCACUUGCGUGUCAACCUACCACAGGUAGUGCAAGAAUACAUUCAGUCGCAGCUAUCAGUAGUACAAAACAAACAAUCAAUGAAUCUGGUGAAUCCUUCCACAACCGGUUUACUGAGUUCCAACUUACCACCCCAAGUCUCCGUCGCAUCUGCAGUUGUCCCAAUGAGGCCCACAUCGAUCGUGGAACCAUCUGGAUCGUCUCAAGUGGACACCAACGUCAACGCUCCACCUGUAUCUCCAGUAGCCCCAAUCUCACUUGGUGCCGAUGACAGCCUAGUACUAAGCCCAGAGCACUCAACCCCGGUUAAUCCAAGCCCAUCGUCAGUUAUACCGGUUGGUCAAACGGCUCCGGCGCAAGAGCUGACGCAAGCCCCCAUAGUAUCGUUAAAGCAUCCGCAUAAACCAGCUGUUUCCAGUUGUACCUCUGAAUCCACCAGCCUUCGGCAUACUACUUCUGAUGCGAGUUUGGAGUCCCGUGUACCAGUUAAUGGUGGUGGCACGGCAAUUGUCUCCGUGCCAACCGCGGAUGCGGUUGAACUUCUGGAUGAUGAAAUCAAAGCACACAUUAAUGCCCGACUUAGACGGGAAUUGGCCAGACCUCAGCAUAAAAAAGACUUAUUCUACACUGGCUCUGUGCUUCAUCUUGGCUCAGGCCAGGUUACCAGGGAGCGAGUCUUCACGCGUCCGAGCGCUGUGAUGCCACCUAGCUUGGCUGCUAGUGGCGGCGGUGCAUUGAAAAGACAUGUGAGCAGUGUCAUCUGUCCGUCCGCUCUGAUUUUAUCGAGCAACACGGGGUUCAAAAUGCGUGGACUGCGAACAUCCGUUGCUGUCACCCCACAACCAACGACCAUGGAGCCUGCAGCAAUUGAAUCGCACAACAGCCAAACCAAUAUCAGUGUGGCUACUUCCAUCGGUACUGGAGGGACGACAUUCAUCCCACCUGCACCUUGUCCAACGAUUCCGCCAACGCAGGUUCCCUCAGCCUUUUGUCUGCCUCCGUCAGCUUUUCCUGUGGUCAUGGACACCACAGAUACCUGCAGUUUCCAACAGCAGGAUACUGUACUCACGAACUUCGCUCCCAGUGACCAGCUAGAUACUCGUGUUUCCGUACAAGACGAGCAAGCAUCCUUGACAGUAUUACAACCUUCUCGUGGCACGACCUACACACUUGCCCGUUCCGCGGAACCGUUAGGCGGCGAUCCAGCUGAUCUCGUUUCUCGACUGGGGGACGUGGAAAACGAAGAGUUGGACAUGGAAGAUGACGAUCUAGAUGUCGUGGAUGAUGCCGAUGACGAUGAUGUGGACGAAGAGGAAGUUGAUGACGAUGACGAUGAAGUUGGUGGUGGUUUCUACGGUCUAAGAUCCGUGUUCCAUAACUGUUAUGCGUGUACCCUCGCCUCGUUCUGGUGUACGCGGUGCUGUUCCAAGGUGUCUAACAAGCUAUCACCAAUGCAGACCUUUCUCCAGGAGCUCUUUUCCCCGUGGAUUCUCAGCAGCCGGACGUUUUUAUUCAUGCUACUUUCAAGUAUGACAACCAUGAUGGGUUAUGUUAUCCCCUUCCUCUUGCUACCCGACUUGUUGGCUGAAUUGAAUUGGACGCUUGCCGACUCGGGGUUUGUAAUUUCUGCGAUUGGCGUAGGUAACACAGUUGGACGACUUGUUGCAAGUACCAUGGUGGACAACUUACACCUGGGCCAACUGUCUGUGGUUAAACAACGCAUCGCUUCUUAUCACCAGCCUCGCCGUUUUCAUCAUGCCUAUUUUGCGAACCCACUAUACGUCUCUGGUCCUCGUCUGUCUUGUGUUCGGAUUUUGCUCUGUUGCCAUUUUUUUCCAGCGGUUUUCGUUUCUCUCAAAAGCAUUCUGGUUGUUGAACUCCUUGGCUUGGAACGACUCACCAACUCGUUCGGUUACAUGCUACUGUUUCAAGGCCUCGCUGCAGGUGUUGGCCCUCCCGUUGCUGCCGCACAGUCUCGGGUGUCAGCAAAUAUGGACUUAAAUGUUCUGCUCUUCGUCAAACUAAUUGUUGCUUGGAUCGUCGUGUGUAUCGCACUCGGCGUCCCCGAAUGGGCCUGUGGUCAGAUAUUCAAUUGCAAGUAUGAACGUGGGGUUCACAUGGUCACUGGGAUAUUUAUUACCAUGGGACUUGUAGCUCUCACUGUUGUGCUUGUUUUCGACAGUGUAGCGAUUGCUGGCGUCCAGAUGGUGCACAAUAAUCGUACCAUCUACCUGGUUCGGUCCAUUUUUCUGAUUGCCGGCACAUCUGUUAUGAUUCUUGGACUUGUGAUCUAUGUGGUCAAGUUCCCACCUCUGUGGUCUUACCUCCUAGCGUCUUUGGUUUUCAUCUUCCACUGCCCCACUCUCAUCCCUCAUUCUGGCAUUCCAGGAAUUUUGCGGGACUUACAGCUCGAUCAGUAUGCCCCACAUGACAUUCUCACAGCCCAUCUGGCUCCUGUACACAAUGCGGCUUCAAUGGGCUUUUAUUUCUCCGGAGUCUGCCUGUUUUUAUCCUGUCUCCUCGGCUGUCCAUUACGUUGGCUUUCUCGAACGGAAUCGAGUCGUCCGAUUACCGUGGUAUCUCAUCCAUCCAGCACUGCUGAUCCGCCUUUUGAACUGAUUACUGGUCCCCGAUCCGUUCCAGACACCGCCGGGACCGUUUCCGCUCAAGUGGGUGAUGUGGAGUUCCUCAUUGGACUACCAGAACAAACAGGUGUGAUUAAUUUUGCUGCAAGCAUUUCCGAUAACUUUAUUCCAAGGGUUGGUGAACUGGUAGAACAAAAGCCGUUUGCGAAUAACACCAACGCAGAACCAGCUACUGGUGUCCCUCUGGCCGCUACAGUUGUGGGGCAACCCCCCGCGGUUGGUUCCAGUGUGAUGGCGGCUGCCUCUGCCACCGGCGCAGCCCAGAAUUUGGUCGAGUUAAGUGGUCCUCCGUGUAUUUUGGCCACUAUUAACGAAGAUAUUCCUGUCGUGACGACGCCUACUCAAGCCGUUGCCGAUGUAGUUCUGCCUACGGUACCAGCCACCAAUACUGACGAUAUUUCCAUGUUUGAUGGUCUCCCAGCAUCCAUACUUCCGUGUGCUCUAGUCAUUCCUUCUGCCGGUGUCACUGUCCCUGUCGUCACGGGUACCCCAUGCGCAACUCCAGGAACUUUGUCAUCCCAGACUGCAACUGCUGUCGAAGUAUUAGGAGUUCAAGAGGACUCCGGAUUGGAACCAGUUGCGGAGGAAGAGGAGGAUGAGUAUGAUGACGAUGAUGUCCAGGAACCCGAAAUCCCGUACACCACCAGCUUCCAAACCGGUCCCAGUAGUGGGCGUUUUGUGGUGGUGACUGUUCCGGAUUCCAGUCCCAACAUGCCAAACUCGGAACUGCCCGACGUCUCCGACCAAAGCGUUAAAAGGCGGAAGAAACGCCGAAAAGUGGCACCAAAACUUCAGAAUGGAAGUGAUCCUUCUUCAGUGAUCGUCACGACUACGGUUCCUUCUGGGUCUGAUGAAAGUGGUCAGCACAGUCAGCAGCAGGGAUCCACUGAUCAGUCUGGAAGUUCGAUUCAGUCCCAAGUCACUUAAGUAAAGUCAUAUUGAAACGAACCUAGCAAGAUUACCGGAGAAAGCUAGAUGGGCUAUUUAUUCGAGAUGACCCAAACCUGACUUCUGUAAGCCCUAAUACUUUGACCACCCCUUUUCAACUGUAUACGGACGUGCUUUUGUCCAUCCCAGAUCCUUCCCAGUACCACGCUUCCUGUGUACAUUAUUCCCCGCGCUCUGUGAGUUGUUCGAUACACACCAUGUUUGUCUCAUUGCCAAACUUCUUUCUGAUAGGAGCGAAGUCAUUGUUAUUGUUCACCCCAGUCGUUGUUCACAAUCCCUCUCAUUGAUUCAUUCCCUCUUUGUCUGUCCU